AUGGCAGUAGGAGGAACGACGGGACCCUUGCUGUACGCGGUCUUCGCGGCAGUCCUGGGAAUGCUCCAAUUCGGCUUUAAUACGGGAGUCAUCAACGCGCCGAGACAAUUUAUUGAAAAUUUUAUUAAUGAAAACUACUCUGUCAACUCUGACACUGUCUUCAGUGUUAUCGUCAGCAUAUUCGCAAUCGGCGGUAUGAUUGGUUGUCCACUGGCCAGCUGGAUUGCGGACAGACGUGGUCGCAAAUUUGCUCUGCUUAUAAAUGCCGCUUUUGGCGUUAUAGGUGCGAUAUUCAUGGGUUUCAGCAAAGUUUCAACGUCACUGGCAAUGUUAAUCAUCGGUAGAUUCCUGAUCGGUGUAAAUUGCGGUUUUGCGACGACAGCUUCACCCACAUACGUGUCAGAGGUUGCGCCUGUCAGAUUACGCGGUGCGUUCGGAACAGUCAACCAAUUAGCGGUGGCUUUUGGAAUGGUUGGAGGACAAAUAUUAGGUAUUGACGUUAUUUUGGGAAGCAAUGAUGGAUGGCCGUGGCUUCUCGGAUUAGCCGUAAUACCGGCAGCAGUCCAAUGCAUAAUGUUGCCAUUUGCUCCCGAGUCCCCACGGUAUCUGCUACUAGUACAACGCGAUGAAGAACAGGCUAGAAAAGUGUUAACCAACAUAAGAGGGACACCUGAAAUCGAUGAUGAGAUCAAGGAUAUGCACGACGAAGAUCACGCGGAAAAACAGGAACAAAAGUUCACUAUAGGUGAUUUAGUUCGUAUCAAGAGUCUGCGGACACCUUUAAUUAUUGGUAUUGUAAUGCAUCUUUCACAACAAUUAGGAGGUAUUAACGCCGUUCUUUACUACUCGGCAACAAUUUUUAUUAAUACUGGACUAACAGAGAGGGAUGCAAGAUUAGCUUCAAUAGGAGUUGGUAGUAUGUUGUUCAUAAUGGCGUUAGUGUCGAUUCCUUUGAUGGAUCGGCUGGGUAGACGAACAUUGCAGCUGUGUGGUCUAGGAGGCAUGACUCUGUUCUCUAUUCUCAUGACAAUUGCUUUCUUUACCUACGAGGGCAAUCGAACGAUGAGCAUAUUCGCUGUUUUGUUCACUUUGCUGUAUGUCGCCUUCUUCGGUGUAGGUCCUAGUUCCAUUCCUUGGAUGAUUCUGUCAGAAUUAUUUGGCCAGGGUGCUCGAAGUGCCGCUGUCAGUGUGGGAGCUCUCGUGAACUGGUUCGCUAAUUUUAUUGUAGGUUUAACAUUCAUUCCUUUAUCAAAUGCACUAGGUAACUUCGUUUUCUUGCCAUUUACGGUACUUUUGAUUAUAUUCUUCGCAUUUACAUAUUUCAAGUUGCCCGAAACAAAGAAUAGAACAAUCGAAGAAGUGACAGCUCUUUUUAAGAAAUAGUUUUACUUUGAGUAUUUAAUCUAAACAACAUUCCUUAGGAAUAAAUAAACCUAAUAUUGCAAUAAGUGUACACUACAAAUUGUGAUAGAUACUUGUAUUAUUUUGUUCGUUUGAAAACUUUUUCAUCUUUGAUAAAAGUUUUAAUGGACCUCGUAUUUACUUGAUGGAAUCGUCUUUCGAUUUCUAAUAAGGUUAUGAAGACUGAAACCUACGUACGUUAAAUAUAUUUUACAAUACUAUGUACUUACCGGUAAUACGACUACAUAAUAUUUCUAGGGAAAAUAUUGAAUAACUGGUUGUUUCUUGCCUUUUAUAAGUAUCAAAACUUUUCUAUGCUCAAUGUUCGUUAUUUAUUCUGAAAGAAUCGAUUUACGAAUAGUUUUACUACAAGUUUGGCACAAAAACAAUUUUGAUGUGUUACUUUCAAUCAAACAUUUUGUCUUAUUUUCUCACGCAUGUACCUUUCAACGUUAAAUGACUAUUGGUGCUCAGUGAUCAAAGAUUUAAACAAUUGUUUCGUUGAUAUCGCAGUGCCUUAGCUUUGUGUUAAAGAUUCCCACUUAAUUACCAAUCAUGAUAUUACGAAGUAGAUAUUUUAUUUGUGUUUUUUUCCGUUGUCUAGCGUUUCCCAGCUCAGAGUAGGUAUAUGUCACCGUCCUAGUGUACAUUAGUGCCAAUAAUGAUAACCGUGUUAUUAGCAAAUGUGAAAAAAUAUAUUCUUGAUAUACUAAGAGCUCAGCUUGGUUACGUCAAAAUGAAUGAAUAAUAAUACUGAAAUUAUAUUGUUGUUUUACUUUACUAUUUGGUAUAUAAUUUAUUAGGUAUAUUGAAAUUAAUUUUAAUUUCAAAGAACGCUUUGUGUCCUUGCAAAACGUCGAAAUUAAAGUUCUAUUAUGUACUCA